AUGCCUUCUAAGGUUUCCUGUUUGUACUUGCUGACGGUAGUUUGCUGGGCCAGUGCUUUAUGGUACCUAAGCGUGUCCCGCCCAUCCACGUCCUACGUGGGCCAACUGAACAUCCCGAUCCGCAAGAUACCCAAGGUGAACAAGAACGCUACCCUCGGCAACUACCGCGCUCGAUCCCUAAACCCGCAUGACUUCGGCUACCUCAUCAACGACGCCAAGAAGUGCGAAGCGGAGACACCGUUUCUGGUAAUCCUGAUAAGCACCACUCACAAGGAGUUUGACGCGCGGCAGGCCAUAAGAGAAACGUGGGGGGACGAAAGUACAUUUCCUGAUGUCCGCGUGGUCACGCUCUUCUUGCUGGGUCGCAGCACGGAUGCCGUCCUUAAUCAAAUGGUGGAGCAGGAGAGCCAGAUCUUUCACGACAUCGUGGUUGAGGAUUUUAUCGACUCCUACCACAACCUGACGCUCAAGACGUUAAUGGGCAUGCGUUGGGUUGCUACCUAUUGCUCUAAAGCCCAAUACGUUCUCAAAACAGACAGUGACAUCUUUGUCAAUAUGGAGAAUCUGAUCUACAACCUCCUAAAGCCUACCACCAAGCCCAGGAGGAGAUAUUUCACAGGUUACGUCAUCAACGGCGGGCCAAUCAGAGACAUGCGGAGCAAGUGGUACAUGCCGAGAGACUUGUACCCAGACAGCAAGUACCCUCCGUUCUGCUCCGGUACGGGCUACGUGUUCUCGGCAGAUGUAGCCGAGCUCAUCUUCCGAACCUCGCUGCACACCAGACUGCUGCAUCUGGAGGACGUGUACGUAGGCGUGUGUCUGCGGAAACUGGGGAUCCACCCCUUCCAAAACAGCGGUUUCAACCACUGGAAAAUGGCGUACAGCCUCUGCCGCUACCGCCGAGUGGUCACCGUCCACCAGAUCUCCCCCGAGGAGAUGCACCGCAUAUGGAACGACAUGACCAGCAAGAAAAACCUUAAAUGUUAA